AUGGAUAAGAUUGUUAUAUCUGCUGAUGGAACAGUGAGCGAGGAUGUUUGGAGAAUGCAACAGAGAAUACGGAGUUGUGGUGAUAUUCUGCCAGAGAAAAUCAGAGGGGACUCGUUGUUAUCAGCAGCUGCUAUCUGGGGUGGUUUAUUUGAGGAGUCAAGGAAGAAAGGGAAUUGUACAAGUAGUAGGGAGUUAGGAGAGGUUCUUGUUCCUGGGACUAAUGAUGUUUCCCAGAUGUUGAAAUCUAAAAGGGUAUUGCAUAGGAUAAAGAAGAUGCUGUUUGAUUGUGUGAAAGAUAUUGCCAUAACCCUUCCAACAGAAGACGACAGAAAGAGAGGUUACAGACAUUUUAUGGGGCCACUACAGAUUGGAAAGCUCCUUGGUCAGAGAACAAACAAAUGGGGCCAACAAGCUGUAGCUGUAGGUGGAGCAAACCUUACUAACUUACUGACUUUGGAUUACUUGAAUUCAAUCAUGGAGUGGAGCAAGUUCGAACCCCACGUCAAGCACAUUGGCAUUGAGAUCACCGAUUCAAUUUUAGAUAACAUCCACAAUGAAAUUGUAUUAGAAAUGAUUGGAACCUCGACACGAAAUACAUAA